GUCCUGAUUUUGGCACCAUUUGUGCCCUCCUCCCCGUGUGGACAAAUGCCGGUACUUGUUGAGUCCUUUGACAUUCUUAUUGCCAGUGCUGGUGGCCCUGUACAUCGAGGGUGUAAAGGCGUUCCUUCCACCGACCUCACCUAUGACGACAUCGUGGGCGCCAUCAAGACCAAGUCCGUCAAGCGUCCGCAGCGCUUCAGUCUGAGGGCCGUUGAGAUUGAGCGGCCGACGGCACUGAAGGCCAGCACCAAUGCGAGCCUGGGCAACAGCUACGGCAGUGGCAACAAGUCUGAGGCGCACAAGGCUGCCAUUUCGGCGGCCAAGAAGGGCAUCAAGAUCAAGCGGCAGUCGGAGGCGCACAAGGCUGCCAUUUCGGCGGCCAAGACCACCUGCAUUUGCGGCAAGUGCGGCAAGUGCAAGGCACGGGCCCGGCAGCAGAAGUGCCGGGCCAAGAAGGCCAAGAGGGCCUAGACAACUCCUCCUCCCUUCAAAACCGGUGUUUAUCAACACCACCCAUGCAUCGGCUGGCCGAUGUGGCGAUGUCGGCUGACCUAGAACGGAUAGUUGGCUUCUGCCGGACAUGACCCGUGUAUCUUCGCAAAGCGUAAUCGAGUGACCAGAAUGAAGCGAGGUGUUGACAAACACCGGGUUGCAUCCAGGCUCACGAUCCAGGCUCCCAGCGCUCCCCUGCCCUUGUGCGGCAGCGUGCACCUGCAACCGCGGCGGCAGAGGUCCAUGCAGAAAGAGGGGCCAUGGGGCAGCUCCUUAACUGCUGGCACAGAGUAAACCAGUUCGAAGUUAUCGUGAAGGCAGCAGGGACAAGCUCGUACCGACA